GGAAGCAGAGCGCCUCAGCUGCAUUAUUGCUCUAAACAUGGCGCUGUCUAGUCUGUUGAGGAGUGAGUCUGCGAAUUUCUCUGAUCAUUUUGAUCGUUCUUUCGUUCACGGCUGCGGCCUCAACCAGACGGAUCUGGGCUUCGGAGCGGCGCUCGGAGACAGCGCGAAUUUCGCCGUGAAACCGCUGGGUGAUUCGGACGAACCGGAUAGCAAAAUCGAAUUUCUUCACGGAACGACCACCUUAGCAUUCAAAUUUCAGCAUGGCGUCAUUGUGGCUGUGGAUUCCAGAGCGACCGCUGGUUCCUACAUUGCUUCUCAGACGGUAAAGAAGGUAAUUGAGAUCAACCCGUACCUACUCGGCACAAUGGCUGGAGGAGCCGCAGACUGCAGCUUCUGGGAGCGUCUGCUGGCCAGGCAGUGCCGCAUCUACGAGCUGCGCAACAAAGAGCGCAUUUCAGUGGCAGCUGCCUCCAAGCUGUUGGCCAACAUGGUGUAUCAGUACAAAGGAAUGGGUCUCAGUAUGGGGACAAUGGUGUGUGGCUGGGACAAGAGAGGGCCAGGACUCUACUACGUGGACUCAGAGGGCAACCGCGUGUGCGGAGACCUCUUCGCGGUGGGCUCGGGCUCCAUGUACGCCUAUGGUGUGGUUGACAGCGGCCUUCGCGACGACCUGACUGUGGAGGAAGCUUGCGAAUUGGGACGAAGCGCCAUCUACCAAGCCACCUAUCGCGAUGCCUACAGCGGAGGCCAAGUUAACCUCUACCACGUCCAUAGCGACGGAUGGGAGAGGGUCUCUCAGGACGACGUGCUUCAGCUGCACCUUAAAUAUCAGAGUGAGAAAGCAUAGAGGGAGGUGCUGAGUAUAGGGGGCGGGGUUUGGUAAGAGUAGAGAGGAAUUAAAAGCACUUCUCAAAUUUUAAUGGAAUAUAUUUGGUAGAAUAACACUCUUCAAAGGAAGUUAAUGCCAGCUUUGUCGCAGCUGGUUCAUGUGUACAUGAGAAUGUGAGCAAAGCUUUCUCUCUCUCUCUCUCUCUCUCUCUCUCUCUCUCUCUCUCGCUGCUCUCCUUCUACUUGCUCCUUCAGCAACAGAACCGAAGUAAAAUCUGUUUCCGUUAUAUUUUUUCUCACAAAUGUUUUUUGUUAGUUAUCAACGACAGUUUUCAGAAAUUCAGAAGUUCUCGGCCAUAGGUAUGAAAUUACACUCAUUGUUUUUGAAAGUAAGGGGACGCUGUAUCCCAGUGGACACGUGACAAGCCAAAACUCCAGUUGGCCGGCUCUCAUUGAGUGGGAGUGGGCUUCUGUUCUUAUCACACAUGUAUCUGCAGUUUCCACACUUACUAAACCUACUCUCAAUAAAUCUUGGAUUUUUGUUAA